UCAGAUAAAAAAAAAAAAUUCAUUUACUUCAAAAUGGCGUCGUUGUCCAGUUUGCUACCAGCUCCUGUACAGCAAGUAUGGGACAGAGAUGAUGAACUAAAAGCUAAGCGUGUUGGAAGCGCACUUGUUGUUUCAAGAACUAGUGUGCCUCCUUAUGGACAAAGAAAAGGAUGGGUACCAAGGGCAGAAGACGACUUUGCAGAUGGUGGGGCUUUCCCCGAGAUCCAUGUGGCCCAAUAUCCCUUGGGUAUGGGAGUCAGAGGCAAAGAGAGCACAUCAAAUGCUUUGGCAGUGCAAUUAGAUGAAACAGGUCGUGUCAAAUACUCUGCAAUUGCCAGACAGGGCCAUGGGGCUGAUAAGAUUAUUUAUUCUAAACUCAGUGACCUGCUACCGUCAGAAGUAUUGGCAGAGGAUGAUCAAACCUUACAGAAACCCUGUGAUGAUGACAUACAGGACAUUACAGAGAAAACAAAACUGGCUCUGGAGAAACUGACAAACGCCAAGAUUUCUGCAGCUAUGCCAGUUAAAGCCGCACCCAAAGCCGGACCAGCUCAGUACAUUAGGUACACUCCAGCCCAACAGGGUGGUACAUUCAACUCAGGUGCCAAGCAGAGGGUCAUAAGGAUGGUUGAGGCUCAAGUAGACCCGAUGGAACCCCCGCGGUUCCAGAUCAACCGCAAGAUCCCACGUGCAGCGCCUUCGCCCCCGGCCCCUGUACUGCACUCGCCUCCUCGCCGCGUAUCCGUGAAACAGCAGCGAGAUUGGAAGGUGCCGCCUUGCGUCUCACACUGGAAGAACGCCAAAGGUUACACCAUACCACUUGACAAGCGUCUGGCAGCUGACGGCCGCGGUCUGCAACAGGUGCACAUCAACGAGAACUUCUCCAAGCUGGCCGAGGCGUUGUACAUAGCUGACAGGAAGGCGAGAGAGGCCGUGGAAGCGCGUGCGCAGCUCGAGAGGAGAUUGGCGCAGAGGGAGAAGGAGAAGAAGGAGGAGCAUCUGAGGAUACUGGCGCAGAGGGCCAGAGAUCACAGAGCGGGUAUAAGAGCACCUGAUGAAGAAGGCCUACCAAUGGAAGAGGACGGUGAGUCGGCGGAGAGAGAUAAACUGAGAGCCGAGCGACACAAGGAGAGGCAGAGAGACCGCAACUUGGCUAGAGCUGCACCAGACAAGCGUUCCAAGUUGGUGAAGGAGAGAGAACGCGACAUAUCGGAGCAGAUAGCGCUGGGACUUCCGGCUAAGACCAGCCAGGGCGGUGAAGCAAUGUUCGACCAGAGAUUAUUUAACAACAGCAAGGGAAUGGACAGCGGUUAUGGUGACGAGGAGGGCUACAAUGUGUACGACAAGCCGUGGCGCAACCAGGACGGUGUGGGCGCACAUAUCUACCGACCCACGCGGGGCGACGCCGACACGUACGGACACUCGGACACCGCUACGAACAACAGACGGUUCGUUGCUGACAAGGAGUUUGCAGGAACUAGCAGUACGAACACACGAUCCGGUCCGGUGCAGUUUGAGAAGAACUCGAACCGCUCUGAAUCGUCAAGACGCAAUCAGCCUGACGCAGACUUUGAUCCGUUCGGUCUGGAUCGGUUCUUGAGCGAGGCCAAGCAAGCUGACAAGUCUUCCAGGAAACGGGACCAUCACGAGCCACAUGCACAUGCUAAGAAACGCAGGGACUAGGUGAGAUAAGCUGUGUCGUCUCAAGUUGCAACAUUGAUUGUGAGAUAAGGACAUGUAAAUUGUGAAGUAGUCUAUAAGUGAUGUUUUUUUUAAUUAAAUAAAUAUUUACAUAGAA